GAUGCAGGUCCCCCUUUUCCUUUUCCUAACUCGGUCAUAUUUAUAAUGUAAUUUAGGAAAUGUCUUGUAGUGGAAUUUUUUUCUUCAUUUUCCUUUAAAACUUAGUGAAACUUGUGAUUCUGUUUUUAAGUGCUCUAUAAGUGUUGAAUCAGGUAGGUACUAAUAAGUUUGUGAAAUUUUAAAAAUGUAAGUACAUGUCUGAGUGAAUUUGCUUGGCCGCCAAAAAAGUAGCAAAAUUUGCUAAUGUUGUGGAAGAUUGACAUAAUUUUUUAUUGAUUUAUUUACUUUAUUAAAUUGACUAUGAGUUUAGAGUGUAUUUAUAUACUAUAUUUAUAUCCAUUUUAUCAUCUUAUCUACUGGCCGCUCUUGGAAUUCACUUGGAUUGACUUAAGGUGAAGGCACUAAAUGAUGAUAGUAAGUCUUGAAUGCCAAAUACAUCUUAAGGCGUAGUUUUAAUUUUUUUAUGCUCCUUCCACUUUUUUCGGGCUUGGGACUGGUGUUGGUAGUGUUAGGCCCCCUACCCAUAUUAUUGUUCAACAAACUUAAGAAUAAAUUAGAGCAUUUGUGAUUAGCAAUAGUUUAAAUAUUUUUAAAAGACAAAUGAAGAUAUGGUAACUGAUAUGAAAACAGGUCUGAUUGCAUUCUACAAUGUCCCGAUGCUCCCACUAUUGGUUUGCUCUAAAUAAUAAGCAUGCAAAAGCAGAUAUCACAUAAUAUAGAUUGUCGAUGGUUUGUAGCAAUGAACUAUUUCCACCAAAUGUCGAUUCAUGUUUGUAAUACUUUGGCACUGUUGGAGACCAUAUUCGCCCUUCCAUAUCAUGUUAGCAUAGUGAAGUCAAUUUGUCUUUUUUGGGAUAGUUUACAAUGUACUAAAUUUCUAUAUAUGCAAUUCUUACGUAAUAGGCUAGUCUCCUCAGCUAGUGAAAGAAGUGUCAUGCUGAAAGUGUGUUAUUUGUUCAUACCUUUAGAAUAUUUGUACUAAAUCAACGAGAAUAUGGAAUGGAGGGAGUAUGUUCUUGACCACACCAUCCUAAUUGCUAUCUUCAUCAUUUACCAUUACUUGCAGUCCAUCCCUUUUUGUGACUCUUGAGAAGGCUACAUAUAGUUGUCCAUGUGUGAAAACUUGUUUAGAUAGAUGUAGUUCUACCUUGUUUAGAGAUUCCCCCUCGCCUUUGUUGAUAGUCAUAGCAAAGCAAACCGAUAUGGAUAUUGUCUCCUUUCUAGGACGAACGGCCAUGCAGAUUCGGUUGGUGACAUGACUAUUCUUGGAAUAUAUAUACCAUAUAUCCUACAUGUGUUCCUGUUAUUAUCUGUGCUUUGAUGAAUUUUGUUCGAAGUUGAAAUUGUCAUCCUUGCACAAUUGCAUAAUCCAUCACUUUGGUUGAUAUUACGCAGGAGCAUCACAGGUAUUCCAACUUUUAAUUUGAGCUCGUGAUUUAGGAUUCCGGGAAACAACAAUCUAUUCAGUAAUUGUGCUGGAUAUAGCAUUUUCGUCUCUGUAUUGAUGGUUGUUGCUUUGCAUACUGGGUUGCAGUUUAAAUAAGUUUUGUCUUCACAUUGUAGCCGAUCCAUUAUAUAGUCAUUUAUAUCGUGAACUAUUUCGUUCCUUGGACAUAAUAUUUCUCUUCUAAGAAAUACCGCUUGCGAUACUACCACUAUUGCAAAUUUGGAUAUGCUUUCCACAAUUAUUAUUUUUAUCAUUUCCUUUCUUUAGUAGUAUGCCACUUUGUAUUUUUACCAGCUCCCAAGCUUGUGACGUUGUAUUUUUUCCAGCACUAAUAUUCAGAAUCCACUAUGCAAAUUUUGAUACCCUUUGUUUCUCUGAUUCAUGAUGUGUUAUGAAGUUGAGUCCCAUGCUCUUUGUUAGUUUCGUUAUAUUAAUGUCCCUCCAAAGAUAUGACCUUUUAAUGGAUGUAGUGACAAUAUUGUGCCUUCUUCCCUUUGGUAUAACAGGAAGGAUCUGGCGGAAGUCCCCACCUAGAACCCCUGUCAUGUCCCCGAACUGUCUCUCUCUAUUAUUCACUUUUUAAUUUCUUAAUAUAUCCCUAAGAUUCAUGUCUAGCGCCUCAAAAUAUAUCUUGUUUGCCAUUGGAGACUCGUCCCAUAGUAUUAGCAACGUCUUUUUUAGUAGGUCUCUCAAGUGUGAACCAUGUUUGAUGUGAUAGGUCGACUCUUCUAUAAGGAUUAGGUGGAUGGGGAACCUUGAGUGCGCCGUUCCAUCUAUGUGUAGAAGUAGCACUACAAUACGAGAUGACACCACUUCUGGUACCACCAACCUUUAUCCAUUAGAAAAAAGUCCAUUUUACUACCCUGAACAAAGUUGGUGGUUCACAUCACCCCCUGAUCUAUUUUUCUGCCCCUUUCACCCCCUGAUCAAUCCCAUACCAGACAAAAAAAACCCUUGGUGGUUUGUCUCGACCUGGAGCUGACGUGGCGGUGGACAAGGGUGGUUUUUACCGGCUGGUGUGGUAGAGAUGCCCCCCACCAUGUGAAAAAUUCCCCAUUCUCUCUUUCUCUCCCUCAACGAAAUCCCUAACCCUAGCUUCCAUGGGCGGCGGCAGCGUUACCUCCACCAUUGUGUCCGUCGAUGGCGCGAGCACUGACGGCGGUGGUGGCGCAGCCCCGGUCGUCGCCGCCGUCCAACCUACACGUAGCUUGCUGGAUAGGUCGUUCCCGCAGGAGGUUUGGCGGCGAGGAGAGCCUUCUCGCUGACUGGAGACGAGCCAUGUUCUCAUCCCCCGCACUCCUUCCAUGGACGCGCUCGAGCUCCGCUACCGCCGGUACGUGCUGCUGUCCACGGCGGUUGGUGAUGGCGAGGAGAGCGUGACGCCGACAGCUCUUCUGGCAGCCUUGGAGGAGCGUUGCGGCGUGGUGGCGUCGGAGGUGGUCAUCGAGGUCGCGUGCCCCCCUCACGACCUGUGGCUCACCUUCUCAACGGAGGAGAAGUGCACCGAUGUGCUCUUUUCGUCGAUGAAGUUCAAGUGCUGCCGCCGCUGGAUCCAGUUUACACGCUGGAGCAGAUUCAUUCGUGUUGGGCCGGGUGCUUUGGAGUACAGGUGCAAGCUCAGCUUCGAAGGCCUCCCCAACCAGUCCUGGACGACGGAAUCGGUGAAAGCAGUUCCGAAAGACCUCGGUGGCGAACUCAUCGAGAUCCUGCCGCCGACAAACCGCCGCGAGCUCGAGGCCGUCGUCGCCAAAGAAGAAGAGGACACUGUUGUAUCCUGUUUUGUGCCAUAUGAAAGAGGUGAUUGAUCGUGGUCCUCUGCUAGCUAAGGACUUGCCAGCUGAGUGGCUACCAGCUGAAGGUGAAGACCUCAGUCGCAAGCACAUAUUCAAGACCGAGCUGGGAAAGAUAGAUGGGACUGGAGAGUCAGAAGCAGUUUGAUCUUGUGUUAACUUCUAUUAAUUAUGUACUAGUGGAGUUAGUGUGUGGCAAAUGUGUUAAUCCAAUGGACUUGGUGUGUGCCAAAUGUGUGCCAGAUGAUGUGUAAUGAACAUGUCAACAGUUAAUUAUGUACUAGCAGUUUGAUGUUGUUUCUUCUUAUAGCACUUUAAUUAUUGCAAUCCUUUGAAAUUCAUUUCCACUUCAAAGAACACAGAAGCAAUUGAAUUUAGCUGUUAUGAAUGCAAACAGACUUGUGAACAGUACUUCAUAAUCUUUAGCCAGCAAGCACAAAACACAUAAACAUAAGUACUUCAUGUUCUCCAGCCAACACACUACUUCAUAAUCCAGCAAAGAACCAGCAAACCAAGCAGCUACAGCCACCAGGUUUGUAAAGUAAACAGUUCCAGGUAUCUAACUCCUAAGUUCAUCAAACAUGCUCAUGGUCCUCCUCUGCCUAGAAGUUGCUCCUGGUCUUUUGCACAUUUUAGCUUUAGGUGCAGUUUUGUUGACUUGUUUAGGGGCCCUUCCACUUGUAGGUUUGGUUUGGGUGCCCUGCUGUGAAGAUUUGUGUUGUGUGCCUUGAUGUGAAGAAUGUUGCUGGGUGCCCUGUUGUGAAGAUUGUGCCCUGUCCCCUGUAGAUGUUCCCUUAGUGACUCUCUGCGAUGUUCUUGGUUCAUUUUGCUACAACAGAAUAAAGAGAAAAUAAUUGUUAGUUACAUCAGAAUAAAAGAAAAACAAGAAAAGAAUUACCUAUAUGAUAGUAUGACAGUACACACCUUUGUCUCUUUCUUUCUCUUCUUAUUCUUGUAUUUCCCCCUGUUGGGAUUACUUGUGCACUUUCUCAUGUUGUGCCCAGGUUGUCCACACAGACUGCACUUACCUUUUCUUCCAAUUUUUGAAAGCUUGUGUGGAUGUUUUGGAGGCUCAUCUGCACCUCUUCUUCUCUCAGUCCUAGGUCUCCCAGGCAUUUGCAUAUAGCCUGGAACAGCUGGCCUUCGUCUGUCAGACACAGGCCAGCUAGGCAUGCCUUCCAUUGGCAUCAAGCAAUGCUCAUAAGUUUGGCCCUGUUCAAGUUGAAGUGUAUCCUGUUUGAAGAUUUUGCACAAGCCCAAAAUCUUUUCUGAUAUGCUUGAUCUCUAUGCUUUUUCUUCCAAUUAGCAUAGAUAUGCCUAGCACAAUUCCUAUGCUCAGCAUUUGGAACAACCGUGGACACAACAUUGAUGAGGCCUUUUUGUUGAUCUGAUAUAAAGACCCACCCUUCUCCUUGAUUUUGAAUUUCCAAGUCUUUGUUUAGCAGAGCCAUAAACUAGAACCAAGAGUCUUUGUUCUCAACUUCUACAGCAGCCCAGGCUAUUGGAUACAUUUGCCCAUUGGCAUCUCUCCCAAGAGCAGACAACAGUUCUCCACUCUGGGCUCCUUUAAAGAAGCAACCAUCCAAUCCUACAGCUUUCCUGCAACCUUCUAUGAAACCUCUUUUGCAAGCAUGGAAACACACAUAUAAUCUCUGAAAAACAGGGGCACUUUCCUUUGGAUUUAGCACUACUGCAACAGUGCUACCUGGAUUGCUCCUCAAUAUUUCUAGUUGAUAAUCAAAAACCCUAACAUAUUCUUCAUGCAUUGCUUCUCUAACUCUUCUUCUCACAAUUGCCUUUGCUUUCUUUAUCUUGGAGACAUGCACAUCUACAAACAUCUCCAACCUGACAGUUGCCUUGAUAGAUUUGAUUUUCCAUCCAGGAUUGGCCUUCAUAAUUAUCUCAUACUUAUCUGCUAUUCUAGCUGCAGUAACCAAUCUGUUGUCUCUCCUCUGGGGGCAUAUGUGGUUGUCUACAAAUGUGAUCACUUGAAACCAGUCAUUAGAGCUCCUAUGUCCAGCAUAUAUCAACCAUGGACACUCAGGCCAAGAGCAUUUUGCUCUAAUCCUAUUAGCCUCAUCCUUUAUGAUGGUAAUUUGUCUCUUCACUGCUAGACCAUAUUUCACAACAGCCUUCUUGAACUGUUUUCUCCCCCUAAAUGUCAUGCCAAGGCAAAAGACAGGAAUUGCAGCCUUGCUAUCAAAUCUUGGAAAUCUUGUUUCCCUCCUAAUGAAAUUUCCAAACUCAUCCCCAUCAUAACUGUACUCCUCAUUGGAAUCCAUGUAAGGAGUGUCAUUUCCCUCAUCCAUUUCAUCUACAAGGAUUAACUGUGCUGUAUUUUCCUUGAUCUCCUUCUCUUCAUCAAGUGGCAAGUUCAUCCUUAUCUUUGUAAGCACUUCGUUAGCAUGCUUUCUCAGCUCCUCUGCUUCAUCAUCUUCCCCUGAACUAUCUGCAUCUCUAGGACACCAAUCCAGGUCUUCACAUUCAUCAGCAGCAACCUCUUCUUUAUUUUCUGCAUUGAUCUCUUCUCCACCUUCAGGUUUCACAUUUGCUGCAGUUCCAGCAGCAUCCUCAUGCUCAUGCUCAUCCGCAGCCUCAUCAGAGCAAUCAUCUAGGCCCUCUUCAUGCUCUGCUUGCCAAUCACUGUCAGUGUGCUCUUCAUGACUUUCAGUUCCAGGAUUUUCAGUGUUCUCUUGUUGCUCUUCUACAUUUCCUUCAUUUUGUUCUUCUCCACCUUCAGUUUCCAAGUUCACAUAUAUGUCCACAACACCAGCAUCUGUAAUGCAUCUCUCCAUAAAAUACACAUUUUCAUCAGUCUCUAACCUUCUCAGCCCAUCUCUAACAUUCAUUCCAGGAAACAGCCAGUAGAGCCUAUGAUUGUCUAUCAAAGACUCACCAUGGUAUGCCAUCUUUAUGUCUGCAAUCUGCUCCCUGACAGAUGCUAAGGACAAAUUGUCCCUUUGCAUAAAAGUGACCUCAACAGAACCACCAAUGUAAGAGCAACACUUCUCUGAAUAUUCAAAUUCACCAUUGUAAUAGACACGAAGGCCUAACCAAUCAAGAUUGUCCAUUGUUGAUUCCUAAAAAACAACGAAGCAACUCUUAAAUCAAGCAAUCAACUAGAGCAACACUUAAAUCUCUAAAAACAGGAACUUCUCCUUCAUUCUACUCGACCCAGACCAUUAACAGAUGAAUUUCUUAACAGAUCAUGCAAUCAACUAUAGCCAUGUGUAGUAGGGGAAGGAGAUGAGACUAACCUCAAUUUCCCGACGCCGCGGAAACACUCAAUCCACCCCUACCAGUCCCGCCGCCGCAUCGAAUGCGCUGUCAUGCUAGGGUUUUGAGGAUGUGGACAAGAGAGGUGGCGCAAUGGCGCGAACAAGAGGGAUUGGGGUUGAUUCACCGUGGCACACUGCCGCCACCGCCAGUCCGAGCACCUUCGAUGGUUUCGGCUCAGCGCCGCCACGACGAUUCCAUCGCCGGCGGCAGAGAAGGAGGGGAUUGGGGAAUUUGUAGAAAAACAGAACGAACGGGUGCGGGG